AACUGGCACUGAUGAUGAAAAUUGGGGAAAACAGGGGGGUGAAGAGGAUUGGGUAUACGGGGCUGUGGAGCAAAUAUGAAAUGACGGUCAACGGUGUAUUCGUGUUUGUAUCUAAACAUAUUCAUCGGGUUGCCCCUGUGUUGUAACCGGGAGGUAACUAUAUGUGGAGAUACAAAGACAGCGAUUUUAACUUGGCAACGUAGCUAGCUAGCUACGCAAGGACAGAAAGGAGGGGGCUGGUGCAAGGUAGCUAGCUAGCUAGUUGGCUAGCUAGAUCAGAAAAGGAAAACAAUAUGGCCGCAGUGGAGCUCGAAUGGAUCCCAGAGACACUGUAUAACACUGCUAUUUCUGCCGUGGUGGACAAUUACAGCCGAUCGCGAAGGGAUAUCCGUUCCCUUCCAGAAAAUAUACAGUUUGAUGUGUACUACAAGCUGUACCAGCAGGGCAGGCUGUGCCAGCUCGGUGGGGAGUUCUGCGAGCUGGAGGUCUUUGCCAAAGUCCUGCGCGCGUCGGACAAAAGACACCUCCUCCACCACUGUUUCCAGGCCCUCAUGGACCACGGCGUGAAGGUGGCCUCGGUGCUGGCCAGCUCCUUCAGCCGCCGCUGCUCCUACAUCGCCGAGUCGGACGCGCACGUCAAAGAGAAGGCCAUUCAGUUCGGCUUCGUCUUGGGCGGCUUCCUGUCGGACGCGGGCUGGUACGGCGACGCGGAGAAGGUGUUCCUGUCGUGUCUGCAGCUGUGCACGCUGCACGACGAGGUCCUGCACUGGUACCGUGCCGUGGAGUGCUGCGUGAGGCUGCUUCACGUGCGCAACGGCAACUGCAAGUACCACCUGGGGGAGGAGACCUUCAAGCUGGCCCAGUCCUACAUGGACAAGCUGGCCAAGCACGGCCACCAGGCCAACAAGGCUGCGCUCUACGGGGAGCUGUGCGCCCUGCUGUUCGCCAAGAGCCACUACGACGAGGCGUACCGGUGGUGCAUAGAGGCCAUGAGGGAGAUCACCGUGGGCUUGCCCGUCAAGGUGGUUGUUGACGUUCUGAGGCAGGCCUCUAAGGCCUGUGUGGUGAAGCGGGAGUUCCGGAAAGCGGAGCAGUUGAUAAAGCAUGCGGUGUUUCUGGCCCGGGAACAUUUUGGACACAAGCACCCCAAAUACUCGGACACGCUUCUAGACUACGGGUUCUACCUGCUGAACGUAGAUAACAUCUGUCAAUCUGUCGCCAUUUACCAGACGGCCCUGGACAUUCGGCAGUCCGUCUUCGGGGGGAAGAACAUCCACGUGGCCACGGCGCACGAGGACCUCGCGUACUCCUCUUAUGUCCACCAGUACAGCUCUGGUAAAUUUGACAAUGCACUAUUCCACGCAGAACGUGCCAUAGACAUCAUCACUCACAUUCUACCCGAAGACCAUCUACUGCUCGCCUCGUCCAAAAGGGUGAAAGCCCUCAUCCUGGAGGAGAUCGCCAUCGACUGCCACAACAAAGAAACGGAGGAGAGGCUGCUGCAGGAGGCGCACGACCUCCACCUCUCCUCCCUCCAGCUGGCCAAAAAAGCCUUCGGGGAGUUCAACGUCCAGACUGCUAAGCACUACGGCAACCUGGGCCGGCUCUACCAGUCCAUGCGCAAGUUCAAGGAGGCGGAGGAGAUGCACAUCAAGGCGAUCCAGAUCAAGGAGCAGCUCCUGGGCCAGGAGGACUACGAGGUGGCCCUGUCCGUGGGCCACCUGGCCUCGCUCUACAACUACGACAUGAACCAGUACGACGACGCCGAGAAGCUGUACCUGCGCUCCAUUGCCAUCGGUAAGAAGCUGUUCGGCGAGGGCUACAGCGGACUGGAGUACGACUACAGGGGCCUGAUUAAACUGUACAACUCUGUGGGGAACUAUGAGAAGGUGUUUGAGUACCACAACAUUCUGUCCAACUGGAACCGCCUGAGGGACCGGCAGUUUGCGGUGGCCGACGCCCUGGAGGACGUCAACACCAGCCCGCAGGCCACCGAGGAGGUGGUGCAGUCCUUCCUGCUGUCGCAGGGCCACGGGGCGGGGCACGGCUGCUUGGGCUGAGCAGGGCGACACGUCUUCACUCACACACACACCAACACACACACACUCACAUUAAUACACGCACUCAUACAUGAAUACACACACACAAACACACACACACUCACAUUAAUACACGCACUCAUACAUGAAUACACACGCACGAACACACGCAUACAUGGGGACACACACACGCACUCACACGCAUACAUGAACACACAAACGCACACACUCACAGACACACACACAUAUGCAUACAUAAACACACACGCACACACACAACACACACUUGCACAGCACUCACUCACUUGUGCAAACACACACACUUUCGCGCAUACUCUCACACAAUACUCACUGGCACUGACACACACACACACACACACACACACACACGGAACACUCAUUCACACACAGACAGACCUAUCUGCCGGGCCCCCUGGGGCUUGGACCGCAGUGGGACAUCUGGUUGCCGGGGAACACGGGAGCUGCCCAUCGAACCUUGGACCUGUCUCCUCGCCCUCACCAGCAGCCUCUCUCCCUGCCCGUUUGCCUGAUGCCAUUUUACUGACCCCAGAUCAGGCACUUUGGCCUCUGGAAGUUGGCCGGUGGGAUUCUGGCCAUUGAUCCCCACGUUGGAGGGGACAAGUUACAGAAAUUUGUCAGUUUCAGUGGAGCACCUAAUUUUGCAUGAUUGUAGAGAUGUGCGACUUACCCUAAUGGACCAGUCUUUUUUGUUUUUGAACACCUGCUUCUUAAUGGGUUUCCUUUAAAAGAAUAUGAGAGCUCUGCCUGGUCCUGAACAAGCACUAGAAAAUGACAUCUAAUUUUACAUACACAAAAAAAAAAAAAAAAACAAACUCAUUUGGACCAGUAUGUUACUUUUUCUACUCUAGUGAAUUCUAAUGAAUUCGUUGGACCAGUGGCUUGUACACAUUUGAAAGUGUUUUUGUUUUUCAUGAGGGGGAAUGAUUUCUGCCUAUUUGUAGUUAGUUUUAUGGUGAAUGUAAAUGGCAAUAAUUUCCAAAUGUUUUAAACCAUAGUUUGUCGUUGUAAAAAAAAAAAAAAAAGGAAAGAAAAAAAAAACCUCCAAAAAAUAAACUGAUAGGGUUUUCAUCCCUGGCGCAAGGCCUUGUGUGGCGGCCAGGUAGAGGUGCUAUUGAGACAGGGAGGGGUUUUAAGGAGGGCGUCGCUGGCACGCGCUGGCAGUGUGGCGGGUCGACACCGGGCAGGCGGUCCCGCGCGGCGCCCGUUCCGGCCCCGUCUCCCCGGGCCCGCCGCCCGCCGAAAUAAGACAGGUGCGCGGCUCUCGCGGUCCAGCGGAGACCGCUAGGACUCUGCUUCGCCCAGCCAGGGGGGCGUGGCCUAUCGUAGCAUUGCAGGAAUGCCGCCGCCGUCGCCGCCCCCCACGCUCCCCUCCGAACGGGCCUCGGAAUUGGGAUUCCUCUGCUCGAGACCCCUCGUCCACUGCGGACAUGGCCCCGCAUCAUUUGGCCGUCUGCCCACCAUCCCACCCAUCCCAUGGGUCCUGGUAGGACAUGGCCUGCCUUCAGCAAGCAGAGAGUAAGCAAGUCGGCUUGCAAUUUAAAGAAUAAAAAUAAAUAACUAGAUAGUGAGGAAAAUGGCGAUGAGCCAGAGCUUUUGUUGGGAAAGGUCACAUGGUGAAGGAUUCCAUGGUUACACCCCACCGUUUCUCUGAGUUACGCAGAUAGAGCUCAUUCCCCCAUCCCAAUUUGUGUCAGCACUCACCAGGUCUUUGAUUGUGAAGUAGCCAUUUUUUGUUGUGCAGAAUUGACCAGCCUUGCCCUGGCUGCAGUGCGGUGACCAGUGCCGUUUGUCUACGAUGUGGUUGGUGUCUUUCGAGGUGGCAAACGUAGUUUCUGCUGUUCUUCUCUCGCGCGUUGCGAGGCCCGGCCCCAGCCGCCAGCUGAAGUCUAAGCCUUAGCCUUAAAGGACACUCAGCCCACGCCCCUCCCCCCCACCAGAGACUGGAGGUGUCGGGAAGCUCCGCCCCGCCCACCAGCGGAAGCUUUGGCGGCCAGCGCCGCGAGCGGGGUUGCUCCCCUGGGGAGGCUGGCUGCCCGCUCAGUGCGGGCCACUGCGAGGAUGCAGGUCACCCUGCCGUCACUAAACGAAAGGGAGAGAUGGCUCUGCAUGUGGGGGGGAGUUAUGGGGCAACGUUGGGACGGCAUCUGUAGGUUUGCGGUGGACAGACGUGGACCCUGGAGACAGUGAAAGGGGAGUAUAGGCAAAGACACCGGGAGGGAUCUUUUACAAAAAGCUGUGAUCUCGCUUUAAAGUGCAUUUCCAAUUCAUUGAUGAGUUGGACGUGAAGCUUCGAGAAGGGUAAUUCAUAACUCCCCCCCCGUCCCCCCCCACACACACACUUAAUAUUUGACAAUAAUCCGUAAUGUUCAAUAAUGCUAAUGCUUUGUUUCUGAAUAACAGGCUAAAUAUGACCUAAUCCAGCUGUUGGCUCGCCGCUCCUCAAGCACAUGGCUUGUGGUAAACUGAGCCCCGAAGUGUCCCGUGAGGACAGUCCUCUCUUAAGGGAGCCCAGACUCGCGGGGGGGAAACCCAGCACACGUUCACGUGUGUCUCCUCCCUCCCACCUUUAUUUAUUACAGUGUGAGAAGUGUAGCCCUGAAUGCUUAUUGGUGAAUGUUAAUUUAAGGGCUUUGCAUACCUCAAGUGGUAUUUUUGAUUUUUCUGCGUGAAUGAAUCGGGACGGGUCACCCUCUGCCCUGGGCCCUCGCAGAGGAGGAGAUGGAUUGCUGUGAUUUCUCUUCUGCCGGUGUCGACAGAACCCGUUCGCUCGUUUUCUUGAGUGAUGAAGGGUAGUCUGCCUCAGAUUACCCGCGUUCAAAGUCUGUAACUGAAUCGGAGUUGUAGGAGCGUACGGAUUGUUGUUUUGUUUUUUGCGAAUGCACAUUCUACGGGCAGAUUCGUCUUUUGCGCCACGCGUUUUUUGUCCGACGACACCCGUGCAGCAGAGGAGUUUACACGCGCGCGCUUGCGUUCGAUAUAUUUCAAACUGUCCACACAGUUGCACAAGUAUUAGACGGAAUGCUCGACCCUUACAGAAUACAAGGGUGAUAAUCCUCCUGUCCUGGACGUGCAAACGUAGCAGCGGUCGGAGGGGGGUAUUUUACACUGUGCCUCUUUUAAACGGGCAGGAGGGUAAAUGUCAUUCAUGCACUCAUGCUUACCGGCAAGCAACUUUUUGUUGAACAUCAUUAACACAUUGUGCAGUUCUGCAGUACGGAUGGAGCUACUUGCUUGAUUUCAUUGUAUUUUUUUUUUUAAUUUUUGGAUUCAGCUCCCACACACACACACACGCACGCAGAGGACUGGAUUUGUGUGCCGGCCACAGUGUGCAGUGGAGUGACUUCACGAGGCACGCUGUCGGAGGGUCCCGUUUAUAGAGUACACUGUGCCCGUAGCUGCACUGUUUCGGGCGCACCACACACACACAGACGAGCUCUUUAGUGACGGGAGUGGCCUUACCGAGUGAUUUGAAGUGCACACAUCUCCCUGAAGUUGACCCCAAAAAUGUUUGCAUGGAAGACGGGUUCUGCCACUUAAUAUUUUAACAUUUUCCCCCCAUAUCCGUGUUUUUUCUCUCUGCUGAACUCAUUCAGAGCAGUACAGUGUUCAUUAUAAAGAUGAAUUUAUUUUGAAGUUAUAUUGCACAUAUUCUAAAAGUUCAAUGAGAGUGCAGAAGGCUGUGUUUGAAGAUAAAUAGUUUUUAGUCCACAUUAAUACUAAUAUUUUCUGUGAUUAUUUUCCCCCAUCCAUGUUGUAACAUUGGUGAUUCGGAUAUCCUCAACUCCCAAAGAGACGAAGGGACACGGACACACGGUUCUGAGUUGUCAGGCACUAAAGUAUCCGCUCAGAAAUCUCCAUUCGUAAUGCCACAGUGAGCUUGUGUAUAGAUAGACUUUGCUACUGUUUUAACUUUUUUUUUUUUUUUUCCUGUUUGCUUGUGUACAAAAGAUAAAUGCAGAUUGCAGCAGAAUCCUAACUCCAUACCGUCUGCUGUGCAGUGUAACCAUGAGAUCAUAUUAAACUUGUUUGUAACCAACAUUGUGAAUUUCUGUAACUAUUGUUAAAGGAAGAAAUAUGCUAAAUAUAUAGUCAUACAGAG